AUGAUGAAGAUGAAGAAGAAGAAGAAUUCAUUCCUCCAGUUGACAGCGCUGGCUCAUCUUCUGAGGGAGAAACUGCCUCCACAUCCAAAGAGCAAAGGACAGUGACGGUCUGUGGAGAAACAUUGAGCCAACACGGUCAUUUAGCAACACAUCAGAGAAAACACACCGAACAGAAAGACUUCAGCUGCAACAUAUGCAACAUCAGUUUUCCGACCUUCAAAGAGAGAACACUUCAUUCAAAAGAGCACAGCGUGAAGAAGGAGUUUCGCUGUGAACAGUGCGGGAAGGAUUUUUUCACCACUCCUUAUAAUAUGAAAGCUCAUAUAAAGACACACGAAGAAAAGUCUCUCCAGUGCAACGAAUGUAGCAAGUUUUUCCGCAACCAACGAGAUCUUUCAAGUCAUAAGAGAAUUCACACGGGUGAAAAACCAUACAAGUGCCCUCAAUGCGAGAAGAGCUUCAGCCAGGGAUCACAUCUGAAGAGACAUCUACUCACGCACAGCAAUGAGAGACCGCAUCAGUGCAGUGAAUGUGGAAAACCUUUUAGAAGCUCAGCUUCUCUAAAGUUACACCAAAAAAUGCAUUCUGAUGACAAACCGUAUCAGUGCCCUCACUGCGAGAAGAGCUUCAAAUAUGGAAGCAGUUUGAAGAACCAUGUAUUAAUGCACACCAAUGAGAGGCCGUAUCAGUGCAGUCAAUGUGGGAAAACUUUUACAAACUCGGCUUCUCUAAAGUUACACCACAAAAUGCACUCUGAUGACAAACCGUAUAAGUGUUCACACUGUGAGAAACGUUUCUAUCAUUCGACUCACCGGAAAACCCAUGAGCGGACUCACACCGGAGAGAAACCGCACCUGUGCUCCGACUGCGGAAAGAGCUUCGCUAGUUCAUUUGCUUUCAAAAUUCAUCAGAGAGGUCACACUGGAGAAAGACCGUAUCCCUGUAGUGAUUGUGGGAAGAGUUUCUAUAAGCUAAGUGAUGUAAAAAUACACCAGAGGACUCAUACAGGAGAAAAACCUUUUAAAUGCUCACAUUGUGACAAGACUUUCGCUAUAUCAAGUUCCCUGAAGAUCCAUGAACGAAUGCAUACUGGAGAGAAACCUUACCGCUGCUCCAUCUGCGGCGAGAGAUUCGCUUUUAAAUGGGGUUUUCAGACGCACAAGAAGAAACACGCUGCCCCACAAUCAUCAUAGCUUCAUCAUUAAUCAGUAAUUAGCAGGGGCAGACUGGACACUGUCGAUCCAUCCGUCGGCCUAAGAAAAAGUGUCAGAUUAAGUGACGUUGACGGCCGACAAAAGGGGGCGCUAAUGCAAUCUAUUUUUGCUUAUAAGAAACUGAAACUGAAACUGACGCGAAGGAGAGUGGGCUUGUGAGUCGUGAUGGCAAGCAAAAGACGUGAAGAUAAAGGCGGCUGGGAGAAGCUAAAAGGAAUAAAAGUGAACAGUUACAUCAGGUUACCUUUGCCCGCCUCUCUCACUAUAGAGCAUGUAGCUUAUAGCACUAUAGUAAAAUCCCAGGACACCCUAGUCCGAGCGUCCACUGCUAUUCAUCACUCUGCAUUGUCUGGCAUGAAUAUUCCAUUCCUUCAUAAAGAGACGUUAGUGAUUCUACAAUGGGUAACAUUUGAGAGAUAGAGUAAAUGAAGUAGCCUAUAAGGUGAUUAGUCUGAUUGACAUGACACACACACACGCAGACACACACAC